AUGAAGGUAAAUAGACGAUAGAGUCUGGACUGAAAAGGAUGUCAGUACUAUUUCAGAAGUUGUGGCGAACAAACGGCGAUUUACCAACAAAAAUUACAAAGGUGAAGGUGGAAGAGAUAGAGGGAGACCAGAUACUGAAUCCCUUUACAGAGGUCCUCAUUCUGCAGCAGCACAGUGACAUCAUCAGACAACUUCACCCUGUGGGGGACAAAAGAUGCGUGUCCAUCGGGGAUGACAACCUAGCAGUGGUAUGGGACAUACAGCUCUGUUUAAAAUUGUUUGUGUUAAGUGGUCAUACCAGACCAAUCACAUCACUGCUUCUCCUGAGGUCAAAUGCCAAUUACUCAGAUUCUGAUUGGCUCCUGACUGGGUCAUCUGACAAAACUAUAAAGGUAUGGGACCUAGAUACAGGAAAAUGUCUGCAGACUAUGACAGAGCACGGCGCCUCAGUCAAGUGUCUCCUGUCCAUCAAUGAUGACCUGUUUCUGUCAGCUGGACAAUCUCUCCAUCUCUGGUCUGGUGCUGGAAAACUCCUGGACUGUUAUCAUCGCACAGAAAAGGAAAUUGAAGAUAUAAACUUGAUGAUCCACGUGUGUGGACAAACAGACAGAGUUGUCACAGCCUCUGGCAAACAAAUUGGUGUGUACCAGGUGAACACUACAACAGAUGAUGUUGUCAUAGUAACCGGGGACAUUGCCUUUGUAAAGAACUUGCCGUCGCAUCUGGAAGCUAUCCGAAGUCUCACCAAUCUAUCAGAUCAGUGCUUUGCCAGUGGAUCAUUAGACGGUACCAUUGUGAUCUGGUCAUGCCAGACGUUCCUACCUACGUAUAAAUUUAACACUGUGGACAGCUACCAGGGGAAGGAUCACCUCUACCCCUACAGCAUACAGCAUGUACUCUGUCUGGAGGAGCGGUUCCUAUUGGCUGCAAUAGGUUCUGGUUUUGGACUGUUUGAUAUAACAACAAGGAAACUUAUAUGUGAAAAAGCCUGUGCUCACUUUUCCAAAAUCCUACAUAUGACCUUUGUUUGUGACGGAGCAUACCUUGCCACAUGUUCAGAGGAUGGUAGUAUACGUUUGUGGGGCCACGCCCCCCACCUUAACAGUUCAGGAACAGAGGAUAAAUCAGACAUGGAUCUUCGACCAAUUGAACGAUUCCUAGACAUCAGCUGUGACCAGCUUCGACAUCACAAAGAUGUUUUACCUGCGCCAGUCCUUAUAGGCGAGUGUCUAGCCCAUUCUGGAGCUGUACAGAUGGUAGUGGACUGCGGUUUGGAGGGCAUGCUGUCUUGUGGAGUGGACGGAUUGGUCAUAGCUUGGAAGAAUGCUGAACUACAAGCCAUGAAGAGGAACCAAAUUAUACAAGAACAGUUUCUUAAUCCAAGUGGUAUAGUGUGACCAUUACAACACUACACCUCCAUCAGUGGUAUAGUGUGACCAUUACAACACUAUACCUACAACAGUGGUAUAGGGUGACCAUUACAACACUACACCUACAACAGUGGAAAAGUGACACCAUAACAACACUAUACCUA